AUGGGUAAUAGCACCAGUGUGGUAAUUCAUGACAUUAACGUCAACUUUGGUACUCUGCCCGAAAAACCGUUACCCGUCAACGUGAAUAAGGCGGCGGAAAUAACGUUGUAUAGCAGUAGCGUCGAAAAGGAUAUUGGCGACACUAGCAGUGAAGUCCUUGAAAUACCAUUUGAAUGCUCUACUGAUGCUUUUUUCAAAUUCUUCAAGGAAGAAGCAAACAAGUUACAUAGAACCAGCGAUGACAAAAAGGUGGUUAAUAAUACUGACUCCGGCAAGUGGAUUUUCUUCAAUCCCACUGAUACUUCUGAGACCAUCAAGUAUAAAGUUAUAGCCAUAGACGAGGUUUCCAAGAACAUCACCUUCGAAGUGCUGGAAGGAGAGAUGAUGCAAUUUUACAAGAACUUCACGGUCACUCUUGAGGUUACUGCUGACAGCACAGCAAAAUGGACUAUUGAAUAUGUGAAAAUAGAUCCAGACAAACCAAAUUCUGAUGUUUCCUUCGAACUUUUGCGUCAUCUCAGCAUCGCGGUUAAUGCUUACAUUAAAUCCGAUGGCGAAGCAUAG